AUGGAGUUAACAUUGAUUGCACGUGUUAGAGAUGGGCUAAUUCUCGCAACUUCAAUUGAAGGAAACAAUGAUCGCGGGGUGAGUUUUCCAGAAAAUUUUAAAUUUUCAAUAGAAAUUUUUGGUUUUCAGGGUGACACAAGCAUGGUAAAAUAUUCAAAUCAAGCCAAGAUGUUGUUCAAAAAAUUGGCAGGAGCACCAGCACAACAAACUGUUGAAAGUGGACCAUAUGUUUUUCAGUGAGGAAUUUUUUCGUAUUUCGAAAUAUCUAUGAUAACAUUUUUUUCUUUCCAGUUAUGCAAUUAUUGAUUCGGUGUGUGCUCUAGUUUUAUGCGAUCGAAAUUUUCCGAGAAAAGCGGCUUUUCAAUAUUUGAAUGAUAUUGGUAGAGAGUUUUUGAAUUAUAAUAGUUCGAAAAUUGAUUCGGUUGUUCGACCAUAUCAUUUUCUGGAUUUCGGUGAGCUUUUUGGAAAAUGAAACAAAAUUUAUUGAUUUCUUUAGACAAAUACAUUCAACAAGCCAAACACAAAUAUGGAGAUCAGAAUCGUUAUACAAUGAAUGCAGUUUCGAACGAGUUACAAGAUGUUACUAGAAUUAUGGUUACCAAUAUUGAGGAUGUUAUUCAUCGCGGAGAAGCAUUGAACAGUGGGUUUUUGGGGUUGGGAACUAGAGUGUAGUUUGGUAAGGGUUUUUUUUAGCUACCAGAGCUCUUGAAUUUCUAAAAAAAUAUCUAUAUUUUCAUUAUUAUGAUAUCAUAAUUUUAUAGAAUAAACACAAACAUAAUAAAAAAUUUUAUAAGAAAAAUUGAAAAAUAUUUCCUCAAAAUCCUCCAAUCUAUAGGAAAUGAUAUGAAAUUUUAUUAGUCAUUUACCCAGCGAAAGAAAAUUCUUGAAAUUACAUAAAAUUAGCUUUUUAAUUUUGGUAGAAAUUGCGUGACACUUUACACAUUUUAAUCUAAGAAUAGAAUUUCUUAUUUUAUUCAUCAUCGUUUUUGCAAGAAAAAUUGCUUGAAAAAAUCUUUGCAGUUCUCGAAAACCGCGCUUCGGAAUUGUCUGGAAUGAGUAAGAAGUAUCGAGAAGACGCGAAAGCACUCAACAGACGCUCAACAAUUUUCAAAGUUGCUGUUUCGGUUGGAAUCGUCGGAUUUUUGUUCCUCAUCUUCCGUUUUCUUAUUCUGUGA